AUGAUUCAAUAUGUGGACGAUCUGCUACUAGCAGGAAAAGAUGAGGAUGCUGUAAAACAAGCAAGUAUCAGCUUGCUGAAUUUUCUGGGGUCACAAGGAUUAAAGGUUUCAAAGUCAAAGUUGCAGUUUGUAGAAGAGGAAGUAAAAUACUUAGGUCAUUUAUUAAAUAAAGGGACGAAGAAAUUAGAUCCUGAAAGGGUUAGAGGAAUUCUAGGAAUAAAAGCCCCAACUACUAAAAGACAGGUACGACAAUUGCUAGGGCUGACCGGAUACUGUAGACAAUGGAUAGAAGAUUAUAGUGGGAAGGUUAAAUUUUUGUACAAUAAGCUGAAUAAGGACGGAUUACUCAAAUGGACAAAAGAUGAUGAGGAGCAAUUAGAGAAGUUAAAGGAAGAACUUAUGCAUCCACCAGUUUUGAGUUUUCCAGAGUUAAAGAAACCAUUUUUCCUGUUUGUGAAUAGCACCGAAGGGACUGCCUACGGUGUGCUUGCCCAAGAGUGGGCAGACAGUAAAAAACCGGUGGCCUAUUUAUCUAAACUGCUAGACCCCGUUAGUAGAGGUUGGCCUAGCUGUUUGCAAGUUGUGGUGGCAGCUGCCCUAUUAGUGGAGGAAGCUCAAAAGAUUACGUUUGGGGGAGAAAUCAGGGUUAUAUCCCCCCACAAUAUACGUGGAGUGCUGCAACAAAAAGCUGAAAAGUGGAUCACAGAUGCAAGGCUGCUGAAAUAUGAAGGAAUUUUGAUAUCUUCACCCAAAUUAACACUAGAAACAACCUCAGUACAGAACCCUGCUCAAUUUCUUUAUGGUGAAUCGAGAGAGAAGCUCGAACAUGAUUGUCUUAGAAAUAUAGAAGAACAGGUAAAAUUAAGACCUGACUUAGAAGAUGUGGAAUUACCCUCAGGGGAGCAGAUAUACGUGGAUGGAUCCUCAAGGGUAGUAAUUAUACCUAGGAUUCUUUACCAUUCUGAGGAGUAUAUGUACAUCCAACAUGCUAUGGCAAAAAAUCACUUAAGGAGGAGAGAGCCUAUUACGGCUGUUACUUUAGCCACUCUGAUGAUUCUGGGGGCUGCAGGAGCCGGACCUGGAAUUACCUCUCUGGUAAAACAAAGCCAAGAAUUUACUUCUCUACGCAUUGCUGUAGAUGAGGAUUUGGCCCGUAUCGAGCAAUCUAUAUCAGCUUUAGAGAAAUCUGUGCGAUCCUUAUCUGAAGUAGUAUUACAAAAUCGUAGAGGAUUAGAUCUGAUUUUCCUACAGCAAGGAGGAUUGUGUGCAGCCCUACGAGAGGAGUGUUGUGUAUAUGCUGAUCACACUGGAGUAGUGAGGGACACAAUGACCAAAUUGAGAGAAGGGUUGGAAAAACGAAAAAGGGAAAAUGAAGCCCGCCAGAAUUGGUACGAAUCCUGGUUUAAUUACUCACCUUGGCUUACCACACUACUAUCGACUUUAACAGGACCUUUGCUGCUGCUUAUAUUAGCAUUAACUUUUGGACCAUGCAUAUUUAAUCGAGUAAUCACGAUUGUAAAAAGCCGAUUAGAGGCAGCUCACCUUAUGCUUAUAAGCACCAAAUAUGAAUCUCUUGAAUAAGAGGAAGAUGACACAGAAACCUUAAUGUUGAGCAAACUAGUGCUUCAGAAAUUCAAUGAACAAAAUUUGUUAGAAAAAGAAAAAGGAGGGAUUGUGAUAAAUUAGCGGGUGUUUGUUCAUUGUCUCUAAAAGGAAUGCAGAGAAUACACUGAGAAGAUAAGGUUUCACAAUUUAUGGCCUUGUUAAGGGGGAGGAUUAAGAAAGUAGAUAGUGGGGAAGGGGGUGCUGGGCAAACAUCCUUGAUGAAAUAAAGACUCUGUGAUCGCAAGGCAUCGCUUCACUACCCCCUUUCCUGAGCACGAGCAUAACGCAUGAACACUGAGAGAGGAGCGACGACCCCCCAACAACGGACUGCGCAGCCUCAAGAGAUUCAACAGGAACUUGGAUGCUAUAAAACAGCGAUGCGAAAAAAGGAAAGUUGCGUGCCGUGGCGGAGCGGAGACUCCCUGGCCGCCCAGCACUGUUUUGCUUGUGCCUGCUUACUUAAUUAAUAAAAUAUUUUUGAUAGACC